AUGGAUAGUAUCAGGUACAAAGGGCAGGGGCCGAGACCUCAGAGAGGCAAAGGAACAUUUUCCAAAGGAGAGAAGCCAUCUCAGUACAAGCGAGACAGCCCCUGUGCAGAGAGAGAGUGCAAGUGGUGUGGCGGAACACAGCACCACCAAUGGAAAGACUGUCCAGCAAGGGAUGCAAGCUGCAGGAAAUGUGAAAAAAAGGGCCACUAUGCUGCGGUUUGCCGGUCCGCGAGAGCAGUCCACACCGUCACUCAGCAGGGAUGGCAAGAAAAUGAGGAGGAGUAUGAGUUCCUCGGGUCAGUGACAGUCAGCACACGCUCAUUGACAGAGUGGACAGAACCACUGUCCUUUAACGGAGAAUCUGUCACCUUCAAACUGGACACUGGCGCGGCAGUGACGGCCAUUCCAACAGAGGUUUUCAAGGCAGAGCGCGACGGACCUCUCACAAAACCCCGCAAAGUCCUCUAUGGUCCGGGAAACAACGUUCUGGAGGUCCUAGGCUGCUUUAAGAGCAAGCUGUCAGCAAAAGGUCACAGUGCAACACAGGAGGUGUUUGUGGUGACAGGACUUUCAAAACCUUUACUCGGCUUACCUGCAAUAGAAGCCUUGCACCUGAUACAGAGAAUAGAGGAAGUGAGAGAUGCUCAAGAGGACUUUAAAGCUGCAUAUCCGACAGUGUUCAGCGGCUUGGGACGUCUCAAGGAGAACUACACAAUCGAGCUGGAGAGGGACGCCACUCCAUACGCCCUCUCUACGCCACGACGAGUUCCAAUCCCUCUACGAGGUGAAGUCCGUGAGGAGCUUGACCGCAUGGAAGCGAUGGGAGUCAUCUCGAAAGUCACACAGCCUACAGACUGGUGUGCGGGAAUGGUCGUAGUCCCAAAAGCAAACGGGAAAAUACGGAUCUGUGUUGAUCUCACCCACCUCAACACAUGGGUGAAACGAGAGCGACACAUUCUACCAUCCGUUGAUCAGACUCUGGCACAACUGUCUGGAGCAAAGGUCUUUUCAAAGCUUGACGCACGAUCUGGAUUCUGGCAGAUACCUCUGGCCAGGGAGUCAGCACUGUUGACGACAUUCAUAACUCCGUACGGCAGGUACUGCUUUAACAGGCUUCCUUUCGGGAUUUCGUCAGCUCCCGAGCAUUUCCAGCGCCGGAUGUCUCAGAUGUUGGAGUCGCUGGACGGCGUGCUCUGCCAUGCUGACGACAUCCUGAUUUUUGGAAAACACAAAGAAGAACACAACACACGCUUACAUCAGGUACUACAAAAACUACAAGAGGAAGGGCUGACGCUCAAUGAGAAGUGCGAGUUUGGCCGAGACACCAUGAUCUUCGUUGGCCACAAAGUCACAGCUAGGGGGAUUGAGCCGGACCCCGGAAAAGUUAAAGCCAUUAUGGAAAUGCCCGAGCCCCAGAACGUAGCUGACGUCCGCAGGCUGCUGGGGAUGGCUAACUACUUGACUAAAUUCAUUCCUCAACUCGCAACAAUCACCACACCACUAAAAGAACUUCUCAGCGACAGAAACGAGUGGUGUUGGGGAACAAGUCAAAUCGAGGCUUUCAAAAACUUGAAGCUGGCUUUGAGCUCUCCACAAGUCUUGGCACAGUACUCGCCAACAGCAGAGACGAGAGUUGCAGCCGAUGCAUCUUCUUAUGGCAUCGGAGCUGUUCUCACACAGAAACAAGCAGACGAGAAAUGGAGACCCAUAACAUACAUCUCUAGGAGCUUAACCGAAACAGAAAAACGGUAUGCUCAAAUAGAAAAAGAGGCCUUAGCCGCCACAUGGGCUUGUGAGCGCCUCUACUCUUAUCUCCUGGGGUUACGGUUCACGCUUAUAACUGACCACAAACCCUUACUACCGCUGCUUGGUUCCAGAGGCCUUGAUGAACUUCCACCGCGGAUACUACGGUUCCGCCUGAGACUGCUAAGAUUCACCUACGAGAUCCUGCACGUCCCUGGGAAGUCUCUUAUUACGGCCGACACACUCUCACGAGCACCGAUCAACGACACACCUACAGCCACAGAACGUCAGCUUGAGAAGGAUGUUCAGGUCUUCGUGGACGCCGUGCGUGCUGCGCUGCCAGCAUCAGAGCCACGCCUACAGCAGAUCAGCGAAGCCCAGCGUGCAGACAAAGCUUGUAGACGCGUGGCCCGGUACUGUCUCCAGGGCUGGCCAGAAAAAAGUGAGCUGGAGCCAGAGACUAAACCCUUCUGGUCCGAGAGAGGAAAUCUUCACCUGGUUGGCAACCUGCUGCUGAAAGACCACAGGUUAGUGAUACCUUCAGCUCUUCAGAAAGAAACCCUGCAGCAGCUCCACCAAGGUCACCAGGGCAUCACUAAAUGCCGUGCACGCGCCCAGCAGGCAGUGUGGUGGCCAGGACUGUCAAGCCAAAUCAGACACCUGGUCAUGAACUGUGAGCCUUGCCAAAUCCACCAGGCCCCCCACUGUGAGCCUAUGCGGUCUACUCCCACUCCAGAUCGUCCAUGGCAGAGAGUGGGAACAGACCUGUUCACCUGGAAAGGGAACACCUACCUGUUAAUUGUGGACUACUUUUCUCGAUACAUCGAGGUGGCCCGUCUCACAGUCACAUCCUCAGCUGUUGUCAUAGCCGGACUGAAAGAAGUCUUCUCUAGGCAUGGCAUCCCCGACAUCUUGGUGUCCGACAAUGGGCCCCAGUACUCGUCAGAGGCCUUCAAAGACUUUACCGCCGCCUACCAGUUUCAGCAUGUUACCAGCAGUCCCCGCUAUCCUCAGGCUAAUGGGGAAGCUGAACGUGCUCCGUUUAUCCGCCCUCAGAUCCAUGUUGGUGGUGAGGAGCGGCCGGGGAAGAGCGUGAGAGGGGAGCGCAGCGUUUGGGAGUGCGAGGGCUGA